GCAACUAGCUCCUCUAUACUCAUAUGUUUUUAAUUGUAAUUCAAUCAGUACAUAUUUUGAAGUAUUGUAUGUUCUAGAACAAGCUGGCAAAAUUGGCAUCUAUGGAAAAUGGUUGCAGUUUCUGUGCUGAAACAGACAACCGUGACACGGUACCUGUGCAAAAUAGUUCCUUCGAAGAACCGUCCGUUCCAAUACUGACGAUGGUAGAGAAACACUUUUGGUUCACGUCCGAAGAAUUGCAAACCUUCCACAUUUGUUGCCCAUGCCGGAACAAGCUACUGGAAUUCCAUCUAUUCUACAGUCAAGUUGAGAAACUCUAUGCUACGGAUUCUCAAUUGGACGACGGUCCAACUGAAAUUAAAUUCGCUUCGAGUGAGAAUGGAAGCGAUGAUGCCAACUCUGAAACCCACGAAAGCGUGAUUGAAGAGGAAGUACUUCUAGAAGACGAUUUCGACGGAGAUAACGAAAGCUGCAAGCUUGAAGAAAUUCAGCACGACAACGGACAAGAGCCGGACGAUGUUUUGGAAGAUUUGGAAGAUGAUGAAGCCAAGGAACCAACGAACGCAAGCCAACGCUUACUGCCGGUUACCGACGAGGACAUCCUCCUAUACUGCCAAAUGAAGUGUCACACCUGCAUGGAACAAUUCGACAGUUUCACCAUGCUCAAGGACCACUACCAGCUAGUUCACGGUGAAAAAGGUUACGCCUUUUGUUGCAACUGCCGGUUCGAGGAGCUGAAAGGACUUCGCGAGCACAUUCGAGUUCACAUGAAUCCGGCCAGUUUUCGAUGCGAACAAUGUCAGAAAAAUCUCGGUUCCAAGCGUAGUCUAACCCGGCACCAGUUGGCAGUUCAUCUAUCCGAUGAGGUCAAGCCUUUUCAGUGUGAAUCAUGCUCGAAAAAAUUCGCCAAACAGUACCAGCUGAACGCGCACAUGAUACAGCACAAGGAACGGAAAGAGUUUCAGUGUUCCAAGUGCCAGAAGCGGUUCGCCACCAAUGGGAAACUGCAGUUUCACAUCCGAAGUAUACACGACCGGGUAAACGAAAUGAUGUGCGAUAUCUGUUCCAAGAUGCUGAAGAGUAAGAGUGCCUUUCAGGUGCACCGUGCAGAGCACUUCAACACGACCAGGGUACAGUGUUCGACCUGCGAUAAGUGGAUGAAAAACGAAGAUACGUUGCGGAAGCACCUGAUUCGGCAUCAGGAGGAAUCGAUAGUGAUCAAGUGCGAAUUUUGCGGCAAGCAGUCGCCAAACUAUCACGCUCUCAAGAAGCAUGUCCGAGAUCAGCAUACGCUAGAACGGACACAUCAGUGUACGGUUUGCGAGAAGGCUUUCAAGCGAGCGUUGGCUUUAAAGGAACACAUGGCUAUUCACACCGGGCAAUUGCUGUAUUCAUGCGAUUACUGCGGAAAGGCUUUCAAUUCUUCAGCUAACCUGUGCUCGCACCGAAAGAAGAAACAUCCCGCCGAAUGGAAGGCGCAACAGAUGCAGAGAUCGCAGCCGAAGGUCGGCACUUAG